UCAGCGUAAUGAAUAGUGCGCGUAAAGGGCUGGAUAGCUCUUGCCACAAAUAUGUCGCGCCGACGCGCCAUAUCCUAUUUCUAUUUACAUUUUCCAGCUUUACUGACUCAAGCUUCAUCGAGGGACAAUCCAUCUGAGGUCAUAGCUAGCUAGCUUCACUGGUCCAUUAAACAAAUAAGGUAUACCAAAGACUAGGCUCUUACUCCUUGGUUGGUUAUACAGUACGUGUGCGUAAAAAGAAGGCACAAUUUGUGGCAACAUGGGGACAUUGACUCCAUGAUUUGCAUUGCCAGAUGAUAAUUAUUAUUUUGAUUGCCAACAACAAUAUGUUUAAUCUUUUGAAUUCAAUUCAGGAAUACAUAGACCGUAUCAAUCACUUUAAAUCAUGCUGGGCUGGUGCUAUUUUUAAAUAUUAGGAAUCAAUGUCAUGAUAAAUCAGCCAAUUAGACGUGUUAUUUUAUCAUCAUAUGAUAUAGCUUAUUUCAGACCAGGCCUAUACCCAAAGGCCUACCGUGAACCUUCAUCGUGUCUGUAAAAAUGUACAUGGUCUUACUCCUUGGUUAUAGACUUGUGGUAAAAACAGAAGGUUCCAAUAUGUGGCAUUGGGACAUUGCGUCCAUCAUUUGAAUUGCAAGGUUAAUUAUUCAUUUUAUUGCCAACUAAGUUACAKUGUUUAAACGUUUGAAUUAUUAGGCAUAAACUACACAUACAUGAUCUAUACCACGAUACCACAACUAACAUAACUUGAUAACACACAUGAUUAAUGAUUAAGUGGUCUCCUUUUUAAAUAUUAGGGACAUAAAUGUCACCAGUCAGAUAAGUAGGCUUGUGCUUAGUUUUAUAAUCAUAUGAUAUAGCCUACUCCUUCCGUGAUUUUUCGUAGUGUCAAAAUGUACAGUAGUUCUACAGUAGGCUAGUCCGGGCAUUUGAGGUCGUGACUUCAGAGUGGAUACUGGAUAGGGUUUGUUUGCCUCCAAAUUCAAACUGCUGGCCAAUGAGCGAGCGCUUAUAGCGGAGUGACAGGUCUAAAGCGCAGGCUUGUGUACACGAUUCUGGUUCCUAACUUUCGAGUAGCCAAUGCCGACUACGGAUGGGCUGGAACUGAGCAAAUUGCAAAAUACAAAUUUGCUUCUUCUGGCUAGGCUACAUUAUAUCACGCGUAUCAGAGGGACACUGAAUUGAAUGGUUACUGUCUAUUCUAAAUAGUUCACCUAACGUUAUGGCUCUAUCGCAAUGUUUGGAAGAUUCACCUGUAAGGUGGCCGUCAAGAAAACAGGGAAAUGAUUUGAAUGUAAAGGAGUUAUACAACGAAAGGCACCGACUGGCGUUAGAGGAACUUAUUUCAGGUGGAGUUGAUUCGUUUUUGGGAUUUCUAAGAAAAGAGAGAAUUCCGAACUUUCUCUCGGAUGACGAGAUCAGACGCAUUGGCCGUGCUGCGGUGGUUCCACGCUGUGUGUCCCUCCACGCAGAGGACGUGAUUUUUGAACAGUCGGUAAACAGCUCCAUGGACUGCUCCUCCGUCACUUACUUCCCCGAGGUCUCCGACGUGGAGCCACCACUGUUGGAAAUCGGCUGGCCCGCCUUUACAUCGGGCUCUUACCGAGGAGUCACUCGUGCUGUCGCCCACUUCCAACCCAGUUAUGGAGAAUGCAUCUAUAGUUGCAAGGAAGCUGCGAGAAGAAUGAUUCAAAGUGCCAAGGAGGUGAUCGCCAUAGUGACAGACUCUCUGACAGACCUGGACAUCUUUAAGGAUCUCCAGGAGGCGUGCACACAGCGCAGAGUUCCAGUCUACAUCCUGCUGGACUGGUCCUGUGUGCCGGCAUUCCUCAAAAUGUGCAACAACAUCAAUGUGCGCCUGGACGAUCUUAAGCAAAUGCGAGUGCGGACCAUAACUGGUGGUACAUACUUCAUGAGGUCAGGGGCCAAGAUUACUGGGAAGGUUCAUGAACGGUUUAUGUUGAUUGAUGGGAACAGAGUGACUACAGGCUCCUACAGGUUCAAUUGGACUGAUGGGAAACUAAACAGCAGCAACAUGAUCGAGUUGUCUGGUCAGAUCACUGAGAACUUUGAUGAGGAGUUCCGGAUUCUUUACGCCCAGUCCAUGCCUGUUAUUACCAGGGGCCCAGCCAGUGCACGAAACAGUGGCAUCUACGACCACCUCAUCAAACACCCCGUCACCUCAUCCCCUCAGCCGGCCAAAGAGAGGUCCCCAGUCAAGCCUGUCUGUCUGGAAGUAUUGGGGAAAACUGCCUGUCUGACCAGCACACCCAGCCGGGCCCAGGCUGUGGCAGUGCCGCCCUCCAGAGAAAUGACUGGGAAGAGCAGCCCGGUGUCGGCCUCCUCCACCAUAGGGGAAGACUGGAUGGAGCAGCAACACAUGCAGGAGGUCCUGGCUGGAAGUGCCGCCCAGUGCCUGCCCACAGGUGACCCUGCCACUGUCACAUCAGCAGUGGAUGUGCAGGUCACACCCUCCGUCCCUACCUGCUGCCAUGUCUCCACCCAGACCAGCUGCCCUGCGGUGGACCUUGGAGUGCAGACUGAUCUGACUCAGUACACUAAGCACCUCUCCCCCAACAAGGCUAUAUUUACUCCCAUUACCAGCACCACUACCCAGACCAACAACAUUCAGAGUGAWGCUGCCUCCUCAGAUUCUGUCUCUACCUCCCCCAGGCAGCACCUCGCCCCCCAUGGGGUGGACCGUCGCCCUGCAAUCCGUCACUGUACUGCACCCCCCGAUGGGAACCUGAGGGAGUGCUUCCGCAAGCUGACCAAAGAGCGUCAGUAUCACUACUCCACCAUCCGCUCCAAGCUGGAGCACAUGGUGACCAUGCUGUCCCACCGCCGUGAGCUGGUGGACCUCACCAACAUGGCCCUGGGGCCCGGGCUGCACAGAGCAUGCAAUGCCCAGAAAGAGCGGAGACAAUGGCAGAGGCAGGGGCAUAACCCUGACCUGCUGAUGGACAGUGUGGGCAUGGGCACAUGGCCAAGGGCUAGAUGUUUACACUAACAGGACUUACAGGGCUGCAGGGGCUUGAAGGUGGAGGGUGUUGUUGAAACCGCUCUGUGUUUCGUAGGUAUACACUACUUGAAACAAAUGGGUUUAAAGAGCAAUAUGAAAUAUGAGAAUUAGUCUUCCUUAGUGUUUAGAAUUUGAAAGUAUGUGUCACUGUGUCUGUGUUGUGAUGCAGCCUUCUUCCUAUUUUUAUUGUGAAUCUCCCUUUUCUUUGACCCCUGUUUGAACAUUUCUACUUUAGAAACUGAUGUCAAAUGGCAGUAGACAGGCGAUGGAUAUACUGUCAUUUGCCUUGACUAUUUUUGCUACAAAAUGUAAUGUUUUUAAACGUAGACAUUGUGCAGUAAGACACAAUCUAUAUAUAGUUUUGAUGAUAAAAAAAUAUAUAUAUUGAAACAAUAAGAUUGUCCAAAGAUUUAUUUGAGAAAUACUGUAAUUGCAAUUCAUAAAUUGAUAUUUGAUGAACAUUUUAGAUGAGACAUUUUGUCUGUAACUAACAUUUUAUUAAUCAGCAUUCUAACAUGCAGUUUAACUUGUUAGAUUCCAAUUUUGAUUAAAUAACUCACGGACACUAGAGAAGCUUAA